CACUUCCGCGUUGAAUCAUUCUCCAUCAGCCUGUUGUGGCAUCUUUGAGUUUUCGCGCCGCACUAACUUUGAAAACAAAUCGAAUUCUGCAGUUUAUUUUGCAUUUAAACUUCCGGUAUAUUUAAUAAUUUACAUACUCCGGGUUAAUUAUUGAUGGUUCCUGCUUCUUCAUUCCUCAGUCCAUCAUUUUUGUACUGAAAGCUCGUCAACGAACAACAGCAUGGCCGACGGAGUUGGCAUCGAUUUGGGAACGACGCAUUGCUGUCUGUAUGUGUACAAACACGGCCGCAGUCCGCAGGUGAUCAAGAACAAGGCUGGCGACACCACCACACCCUCCUGGGUCCGUCUGGAGCGGGACGGGAUGGAUGUUGGGAAGCAUGCCAAGCGAAUGAGUCCCGACAACAGCCGUAACACCGUGCGCAAUGCCAAACGCCUGAUUGGACGCAGAUUUGACGAUCCCGCUGUGAUCAUGGAGCGCAGUCUGAUGCCGUUCCCGAUUGUUGACGACAACGGAUCCCCUGCGAUACGAGUGGAGCAGUGCAGUGAUGCAGGAGACGUGAUUUGGCAAAAGGUUAUCCGUCCGGAGCAGGUGAGCGCCACCAUGCUAUCGUAUCUGAAGGAGAUGGCCGAGGGAUUCAUGGGCAGCAAAGUGACUUCCGCGGUGGUGACCAUCCCGGCCAAUUUCAUGGAGACUCAGCGCGCCGCCACGCUGACCGCCGCCCGCCUGGCAGGAUUCAAAGACGUCAGUCUGUUAAACGAACCGACCGCCGCCGCCAUCGCCUACGGCGGCGUCGUGGAUGAGAAGUGCACCAUUCUGGUGUUCGACUUCGGAGGCGGAACAUUGGACAUCAGCAUUAUGAAGGUGGAGGGCCGCAACGAGUACCGCGUCCUCAGCACCGACGGCGACAUGUAUUUGGGCGGGGAAAACUUCGACAGCGAGAUUGUUCAGUACUUCCUUGAUGACAUUAACCGACGUUACAGUAUGGAUCUGGCGCUUGAUAGCAGAGCCCUGGCGAAACUGAAACUGAUUGCCGAGAAGGCCAAGAUCGCGCUGUCCAGCCCGUACUUCGGCACAUACCGGGAGACGGUGCACAAACUGCGCGAUGACUUUGAUUACGAUGUGGUGCUGACGAAGGCGACUUUCGGCGGAAUGCUUCGCGGUCUUUUCGAGAAGAUCCUGGUCCGUGUUAAAAGUGCGUUGGAGGCCGCUAACUUGUCCCCGGAAGAUAUCGACAAGGUCAUCUUGGUGGGCGGGAGCAGUCGGCUGCCGGUCGUUAAAGAGAAGCUGCAGGUGUUUUUCGGUCGGGAAGGAGUGAUGUGCGCGGACGCCGAUCCGGAUGAGGCCAUUGCGCGAGGGGCGGCUAUGCAGUCGUAUCGCAUCAACAACCGCCAGGCCACCAACGUCCAGGAAGUGACCGCUUACCACUACGGGCUGGAGGUUGUGGACAAACUGCGACCUGGCAGCAUGCGGAUUUGCGACCUGAUCCCCCGAGGAAAAGCGUAUCCUACCAGUGUCACAGAGGUUAUCUGGACAGCCUACGACUAUCAGACUACCGUGGAUUUUCCUGUCUUUCAGAGUAAACGCGGAUUCAAUCUGGACAAAUUCCGCAUUGGCCAGUUUUCCAUUCCUGAUUUGCCCCCGCGAAAGGAGGGAGAAUGCCAGUUUGAUGUGACGUACAGUAUCGAUCGGAACAACAUCCUGCAUGCGACAGCACAGGGCAAAGGCCACAUUGCCCACUACAAAAAGAAUAUCGACAUCCGCCUGGAUAAUGUCGUUUAACGCUUGCGACUGGCACUGGUAACCGGUGGUUUUUUAAACUGUCUGCUGCAUGGAAAGUUAAUAGUAGGUAAUACGAGCAGUCAUAUUGUUUACUUUUCUCUUUGAUUAAUUUUUGAAUAUUGCCAUGUUUUCCGUACUGUUUUUAUCUGUUGCCUAAAUGUUUAUUUGUGUUGUAAUAGCUAAGGUUUUCUCUCAUCCAGCGUUGUGAAGCACAGG